GUACUGUGGAGCCUGAAUAUCUUAAAUCGUGUGAGGAAGGAGAGUCUGAAAAGGAGUGGAGACCGGGAAGAAGAAAGCGGUCGGGAAGAAUGGGAAGGAAAAUAGAACGGUGUGCUGCUUUCAAACCUUGGAUGGCACAGGAAAGGGGAGGAACUGGCUGAGAUGAACAGAAAACCCAAGGACCAAUCAAAGCGGAAGUCUCCAGGCUUCUGAGUCUUGGCCACGUGAUACACCCUAAAGGGCUCUUUCCCAAAAGCUUGCUAGCGGCUCAGGGGUUAGGACCUCAUGGCUCUGGCUCUGGGCACCCAGUUCGCUCCCGGCCUCCUGCUUCUGCUGCGGCUGCCGGGCUGGAUCUGGACGGCGCCGACCGGUCACUCCGUGGUGCAGAGCGGGGAAGGCGGGGUUCUUUCUGGCCGCUGCUGCCACGGGUCCUCUCGGCUGGCUCGUCCCGAGGCGACAGUUUCCCGAGGGGCUGUUUCUCGCCUCCUGGAUGCACACUUUCUUUGCUACAACUUCUCAUCUGGACAGCGAUCAUAUAAGAUUCAAGGCCAGGUGGAUGGAAGGACUUUUCUUCACUAUAACAGCAAAAAUGUCACAGUCGUGGGUCACCUGGGAUUGAAAAUAAGCAGGACAGAGGAGUGGAAGGAUCAGAUGGAAACUCUGACAGAUGUGGCAGAUAACCUCAAACAGUUUCUGCCCAACAUUAACCGGGAGAAGAUCAGGGCUCCUCUCACCCUGCAGGCCCAGAUGUGUUGUUACCGUGAAGGAGAUGGAAAUACCACAGCAUUCUGGAAGUUUGGCUUUGACGGAUAUGUAUUCCUCGUCUUCGACCCCGUGAACAAGAAUUGGACAGAGGGGCAUCCAGGAUCCAGAAUAAUGAGAGAGAUAUGGGAGAAGAUCAGGGAUUUGAACAAGUUUUUCGAGAAUACCUCAAAAGGAGACUGCCAGAGAUGGCUUGAGAAGUUUUUGGGGCACUGGGAAGAUAUGUUAGAGCCAAAAGCACAAGUCACCAUGGCCUCAGCCACAACCCAACCCAACGUAGCCAUCACGCCAAGCCCUGGGAUCCUCCUCGUGACCGUCGGCUGCUCAAUCCUGCUUGCAAAUGAAGGCUGAGUCCUUUAGCUUGAUGGGUUCUGCGGGCAGAACUGAGAGGGUGGCACGGGGCAGGGAGCCUGGUGUGAAUACUCGGGGUAGGUGGAUGCUAGAAUGCUAUCCCUCUGCCAGCCACUGAACCUUCUCAGCAUACAUAUGACACAUGGUAAAUACCACCUCUUACCACUUGAUAGCAAAGACAUGGGCUUACUCAGCCCUGAGUUUUGAUGAAUCAUUACUGCCAAAGGUCAGUGGAAUGGGAAAGGCCCAGACCUAGGCCUGGGAGCUGUUGCUACUAACGCAGCUUAGCAAAGUCAGGCUUGAUGCAGACCAGGGUCUCUGUUUAGGAGCAGCCCACCUGCUGGGAGUUGUGGAGACAGCAGGAACACAAGGCAUGGGCAGUACUGAAAGUUCAGUGAGGCCACAACCUGUUUCCUCUACAUGAUGGAAUCAAGAAUGAGUGGAUGGUAUCCAUCAAUCAACAAAAGAAGUGCCUGGAAUUACCCAAGAAAAAGGGGACUGACUGGAAAGGGCUUGGCAAGCCCAAUCCAAUAGACUCAACUCAAUUUUGUAUUCUCACAGAGAAUGUUGUGGGUUGGUAGCAGCAAUCAAGGCAGAACCUGGUUCAGAACUAGGUUCUGAAGGAGGGAAUCCUGCCUCAGCCUUGGUGCAAAGCAUAUGGCAGCUGGUCUUAUGCCAGACUCCAGAUUUUGAGCCAGCUGAGUGCCUACCCAUGUGAAUAGAGUGGACUCAGGAGAAUGGUGGGGCAGAGCUACACCAGGAAUGGAUGGGGUGGAGGCAGGAACAUUCACAUUCAUAUCUGUGUGCUGCCACCAGGGCAAAGAGAGGCUGAGAGAGAAGGGGAAAGAAAGUUAUUUGCCUGCCAAUCUACCCAGGUUGGAGGACCCAGGAUGCAGGCCCCUCUUUUAGUACAGGGCUUCCUCCUGGUCCUGCAGGCCCUGCCGUGGAAGGAGAGACCAGGACCUGAGUAAGGGAGCAGAUGGAUUCACCCUUUGCUCCAGUCCUGAGCGCUAACCACCUGUAGCUAGGCCUGGCUGAUUCUGUUGAUGCAGAAAAAGAGGCAGGAGCCUGAUAGAGGGUGCAAGACACAAGGCAAGGGGGGACAGAAGGGAAGCACAUGGCCCUUAAUGGGGUAGGCUCUGAGAUGGGGAGAGAUCAGGGAGGAGUAGCCACAGAGAACUGACCCAGAAUCUCCUCAGCCACUUACACAAACAUGUGUUUCCCUUCUAAAGGAAGAGGAUGCUGCUAAGAAGCCCUGUGAUCUGUGGUCUAGUUCGACCACUCUCCCUACUGGCCUGGCAGCUUCUGCAUCACCUGCUCUUCAUCUCUCAACCAUUAGGAGGGUCAGACCUUAGGGCAGAUCCAGAGCUACAGCACGUCCUGAUGAUCCUGAAGAUGUAACAUUCCAUCGGUGACUAUCCCACCAUGCCCUUUUCCCAGUCUUAUUGUGCCUUUUUCUCUUGGCGCUACUGAAAGAAUGCACUGGACUUUCUAACUCUGUGAAUAAGAAAUCCCAACCAAGAGAACAUUUUCCAUCUUCACUCUGGUUGUGGAAAAUGGAGUUCUCAGAAUCCCCUCUGUAUCCUUGGGAUGGGCAACACCAGUUAAAGUACCCUGUGCAAGCUUAUCAUCUCAGAGAUUGUUUCCAUGUCCUGAGAAAGAAUCUCCCUUCUGUAAAAAAGAUCAAAAUUUUAUCCAUCAUUUAAUUCCUUUACUAACUGAUUAAACAAUAUUUAAAUAAAUAUCUCUCUUUUCUGAAAAAUUGAAUUACUUGUAAAUUUCGUCUUAAGUCUUACUAGACAAUUGUUAGUACUUCCUUCUUCCUCCACAAUGUGGGGAAAAGACUACCAGUGGUUCUGCUGGAAAUCAGUUUGGCACUUCUUUUAAAAGCUAAAAUUGAACUACCAUAUGAUCCAGCAAUCCUGCACCUUAGAAUAUAACCUAGAGCAGUAAGAGCCCUCACACAAACAGAUAUAUGCACACCCAUGUUUACUGCAGCACUGUUUACAAUAGCAAAGAGAUGGAAGCAACCAAAGGGCCCAUUAAUGGAUGAAUGGAUAAACAAAUUAUGGUAUAUUGACAUAAUGGAAUGCUAUGCAACAAUGAAGAACAACAAUGAAUCCGUGAAACAUCUCAUAACAUGGAGGAAUCUAAUAGGCAUUAUGCUGAGUGAAAUUAGUCAGUUGCCAAAGGAUAAAUAUUGUAUGAGACCACUAUUAUAAGAACUCAAGAAAAAGUUUAAACACAGGAGAAAAUAUUCUUUGAUGGUUAGGAGGGUGGGGAGGGAGGGACAGGGUAUUCGCUAAUUAGAUAGUAAACAAAAACUAUUUUGGUUGAAGGGAAAGACAACACACAGCACAACUGGACUAAACCAAAAGCUAAGAAGUUUCCUAAAUACAACAAAACACUUCGCAGACCAGAGUAGCAGGGGCAGGGGUCUGGGGACCAUUGUUUCAGGGGACAUCUAGGUCGACUGGCAUAAUGAUAUCCUUGACAACUUCAAUCUUUUCUCCGAUUAUCAUGAUAUUGCUUACUGGUUCAAUUGUGAGGAUUUUGUUCUCUCUAUGUUUAAGUGUAAUCCAUAACAAAGGCUGUAGUCUUUGAUACUCAACAGUAAGUGCUUCAAGUCCCCUUCACUUUCAGCAAGCAAGGUUGUGUCAUCUGCAUAACACAGGUCGUUGAGUCUUCCUCCAGUCCUGAUGAGGCAUUCUUCUUCAUGUAGUCCAGUUUCUCGAUUAUCAGCUAAGCGUACAGAUUGAAUAAGUAUGGUGAAAGGAUACAACCCUGACGUACACCUUUCCUGAUUUUAAACCAAGCAGUAUUCUCUUAUUCUGUUGAAACGACUGCCUUUUGAUCUAUGUACAGGUCCUGCAGGAGCACAAUUAAAUGUUCUGGAAUUCCCAAUCUUCACCAUGUGUCAUGGAUUGAAUUGUGUCCCCCAAAAUAUCUGUCACUUCAGCGGGGCCAUGAUUCUCAGCACUCUGUGAGUGUCCAUCAUUUUAUGUGAUUGUCCACCAUUUUAUGUGAUUUUCCUAUAUGUUGUAAAUGCUAUCACUAUGAUGUAACAAGAUAGAUUAUCAGCAGUUAUACUGAUGAGGUCUACAAGAUUAGGUAGUGUCUUAAACCAAAAUCUUUUGAAAUAUAAAAGAGAAAGGCAAGCAGAGAGACAUGGGGGACCUCAUACCACCAAGAAAGCAGUGUCAGGAGCAGAGUGCGUCCUUUGGACCUGAGAUUCCUGCACUGAGAUGCUCCCAGACCAAGAGAAGACUGAUGACAAGGACCUUCCUCCUGAGCUGACAGAGAGAGAAAGCCUUUCCCUAGAGCCUGUGCCCUGAAUUUGGAUGGACUUCUAGCCUACUGGACUGUGAGAGAACAGACAUCUCUUUGUUCAAGCCAUCCACCUGUGGUAUUUCUGUUACAGCAGCACUAGAUGAUUAAGACACCAUGUUAUCCAUAAUUUUUUAUGAUCCACACAGUCUACUGCCUUUGCAUAGUCAAUAAAACACAGAUAAACAUCUUUCUGGUAUUCUCUGCUUUUAGCCAAGAUCCCUCUCAUGUCAGCAAUGGUAUCCCUCCUUCCACAUCCUCUUCUGAAUUCGGCUUGAAUUUCUGGCAGUUCUUUGUCA